AUGUAUGAAGAAGCGAGCCAAGUGGCGAAUGAUGCAGUGAGCAGCAUAAGAACGAUUGCAUCUUUCUGCGCUGAGGACAAGGUGAUGGAUUUAUACCAACAGAAAUGUGACGGACCAAAGAAGCAAGGUGUCCGGUUAGGUCUCAUCAGCGGUGCCGGUUUCGGUUCCUCUUUCUUUAUUCUCUAUUGCACCAAUGCUUUGUGUUUCUUCAUCGGUGCCUUGUUGGUUCAACAAGGUAGAGCCACAUUCGGUGAAGUCUUCAAGGUUUUCUUUGCACUGACGAUCACAGCAAUUGGAGUUUCUCAAACGAGCGCUUUGGCACCUGAUUCAAACAAGGCUAAGGACUCUGCGGCGUCGAUUUUUGAUAUUCUUGAUAGUAAACCGAAGAUCGAUUCCAGCUCUGAUGAAGGUACAACGUUACAAAACGUUAAGGGGGAUAUUGAAUUCCGACAUGUUAGUUUCCGGUACCCGAUGCGACCGGACGUUCAGAUUUUCCGGGACUUGUGUUUGAAUAUACCUUCCGGCAAGACUGUUGCGCUUGUUGGAGAGAGCGGGAGCGGGAAAUCAACGGUAAUAAGCAUGAUCGAGAGGUUUUACAAUCCGGACUCAGGCAUGAUUCUGAUCGAUCAGGUGGAGAUUCAGACAUUGAAACUGAGCUGGUUAAGACAACAGAUGGGUUUGGUUAGUCAAGAACCGGUUCUGUUCAACGAGACGAUCAGAUCGAACAUAGCUUACGGUAAAACCGGCGGAGCCACAGAGGAAGAGAUCAUCUCAGCCGCACAAGCCGCGAACGCGCAUAACUUCAUCAGCUCGUUGCCUCAAGGCUACGAAACGUCGGUUGGAGAACGCGGCGUUCAGCUAUCAGGCGGUCAGAAGCAGAGGAUAGCGAUCGCGCGGGCCAUCUUGAAAGAUCCCAAGAUUCUGCUGCUCGACGAAGCGACGAGCGCGCUGGACGCGGAGUCUGAGCGCGUGGUGCAAGACGCGCUAGACCGUGUUAUGGUGAACAGGACGACUGUGGUUGUGGCGCAUAGGCUGACGACGAUCAAGAACGCAGACGUGAUCGCGGUAGUGAAGAAUGGUGUCAUUGCGGAGAAGGGAAGGCAUGAGACGCUGAUGAAGAUUUCAGGUGGUGCUUAUGCUUCUCUUGUUACUCUCCACAUGACUUCAAGUUAAUAGUCAUUUUUUUUUUCUUUUUGAACUUGAUGAAUUUUGGGAAUAUUAUUCGUUAUUUUUCCUUCUGUUUAAUAACUCAUAAGUAUUGAGAUAAACAGAUAUAUACUUGGAGCUUCAGACUUGUACCACGUUUAUGUUACUUUCAUUUGAAAGUCGCUUACAUCUA